GCGGCAAGCGGCGGCAUUCGGCGGCACGCGCAACGAUUCCGCUUCUCCCACGAAAUCUGGCCACAACAACACGAAUUCCGUGGUGGCUUCUUGACUAUCUUCUGCUAGCGAUUGCGGUGGCUCAUCUGCCUUUUUGAUUGGUGAAAGUCCGGGACCCGCGGGUGGGUCUGUGUGCAUCGGUGCGUCGUCUCUCGGGUGAGGAGGAUCGAAGGCCAUGGCCAGUGUCACGCCUACGGCCACGCCCUCGGCCUCGUCGGGCACUUCGUCGGAGCGGAUCUGUCAGUUCUUUUUGCGCGGUCGUUGUCAACGUGAGAAUUGCGAGUUCAAACACGACCCGGCGCGGUUACAGAGUGGGAGUGGCGCCCACCCACACCCCGCUACCUCCGGCCCGUCGGUUAAGCCCGAGGGCGAGGGGGCGGGUGAGAGCGCGCCGCCCCGGGAAAUGUGUCGCGAGUUUGCGGCCAAAAAGACGUGUCGCUUCAAGGCCGGUUGUCGGUUCGGUCACGAUGAAGAGAAAGCGGGGGAGGGGGGAGGGGACGAUAAAGGGGCCGGGCCCAAGCGAACGGUCAGUCGGGAUUGGGACGAUGAAUCGCUGGUGCGGAAAGGGGGUGGGGAAAGCGAUGACGACGAGAGUAUCGCCUCGGGAUUUACCGAAGUGGCGCCGUCAUCCAGUACAACCGCAGCGGCUACGCCGGCAACCGCUGCGGGUGUCGCCGCCGCGGCUGAAGGGCCAAAGAAAAAAGAGACCGAAGUCAAGACCGCGGUCAAAUCAGCCCCGCCGCAGGAAAUGCCCCCGCCUACGGCUAUUCCCGCACCUGACCCGCCCACCGAGGAAGCCAGCUCGCCAACCGCUCCCGCCACUCGGCGUGCGGCUGCUGUAGCUGCGGCAACCCCGGACACGCCCACUACAAGUACACCUAGCACGCCCGUUGUGGUAGCCAGUAAAUCUGCGCCCACCGAACCCGCACCCAAGGCUAUCCGCCGGGACGCACAAGGCUUUGAAAAGUUCGACGAUUACUUCAGCGAUUCCGAGAAGGAAGACACGCCUCAAAAGAAGCCCGUGGAAGCGGCGGCCGCUACCGAAGAAGCCAGUCUCGAGUCCAUGGACAUUUCUGCCGAACAGACACCCACCUCUGUGCGGGACAAAGCCAAAGCCACGCCCAUUCGUGAAACGCGGGCCACUCGAGGGAAAACCGCCGCUGCCACCACUGAGACCCCCACCACCACCACCGCUCCUGCUUCCGCCGUUUCCGUCGUGGCUGAAGGGACCGUGGUCAAUGACGAAGAGACCAUCGAGAACAUUGGCAACUUUCUGGCCACCGACGCCUCCUCCGUCACCGGCGGUGAAAGCACGCCUGCCGAUGGCACGGACCCUCUGGUGGUGGCCAAGAAGAGCACUGACACCAACGCGAAGGAACUGGUCAGCCUCAUAUUUGGCCAAGACGAGAAGAGCCCCAAGAAGAAGGCCAUCCCGCAGGAUGACUCCAUCUAUGACCUGGAAAUCGACGGUGAGGAUUUCGAGAGCGAUCGAGCCGGCCCCGGCUCGAUCAUGGACAAUGGAAAAAGCCAGCAGGUCAAGAACGGCCGGUCCAGCACGCCCAUGGCCACAUCCACGCCGCACGCCCGUCGAGUGGCGGCGGCGGGAGCGGCGGGUGGCUCUGAUAUUCAGAGUAAGGAGAUGUUGGCCAAGAAGGAAGGCGUGACCAAGAUUGGGAACAACAUGUACUUCUAUUCGGGGCCCAAGAAGGAGGUCCGAACCGGCGGCGAGGACGACGACGAAGAGGACGAGUAUUACGAGGACGAGGAUGGGCCCAUCUUGAUGACUCGAGACAAUGGGGACGACGAGGACGGGAACAACAUUGACGAGGACGACGAUUACAGCUUCAGACACGCCGAGUUUGAGUCGGAUCAAUUCUCGCCGAGAGGAGGUCACUCCAAACGUGGAGGCAAGAAAUACUCAACCGGACGGAAGCAACAUCGCACCAAUUACGUGUAUGGAGCCCGAAGCACGGCCUCCAAAACCAGGAGAUGCGGCGAGUGCGAGGGUUGCAAUCGUGACGAUUGCCAGAAAUGCGAUCCAUGCAAGGACAAGCCCAAAUUUGGGGGUCACGGAACCAAGAAACAAGCGUGCAUUUACCGCGUGUGCAUGUGGAAGAAUCCAGGCGGGGCCACUCGCCUCCGCGAAACGGGAACGGCCGUGCGCUCACGCGGUCGACCCCGUGGUUCGGGACGCGGACGCUCGGACGGCAUUCCUAAGGGCACGCCGGUCACGCCGGAAGUGGCUCGGAGUAUGGUGUCCAAGGUCUCGGGCACCACACCCACACCCACCUCAUCCACCCCGAGUGGACGGGGCCGACGCGGGCGUAAAUCCAUCUCGGUCAUCUCACCCGCACCGGGUCAAAAGCCCAAGGACGAGGAUCUGCCCAAGUUCGACCCGGACAAGUUCAAGCCCGGGUACACGCCCCCCGUGGUCAAGAAGGGCGACGAGGAGUACGUGGUGGUGGUCACCGGGGUCAAGGACACGGGCUUGUGCGGCAAAUAUUGGGCCGAUAUGGACAACUUGCCCAAACGUCGGACCCGUAAAAGUCUGGCUGAAGAAGAGGAGAAGGCAGCCGCAGCGGCGGGGGCGGCGGCCGGCGCAGUGCCGUCAGCCCCGUCAUCCACCACGUCCUCGUCGUCGUCCACCACGACCACAGCCAAGAAAGCUGACACGCCGGCGGGCCGGAAAGGUAAAAGGGCCGCCGAGCCCGACGAGACGGCUGCGGCCGAGGAACCGCCCACCAAAAAGGGUCCCCAGGCCAAGGCCGUGCCUCCCAAAGCCAAGAAAUCGCAAGAGAAGACUCGAGCCGAUGACGAGGAGUCGCUGAUGUCGGUGCAAGUGGUGCACAAUGACCAUGAACAGACCCAAGAGGAUGAGCGACAAGCUCAGGCAGAAAUGCAUUUCGGUCCAGGGGCCAAGGCCGCCAAGACCGCCAAGACCGCCUCGGCGUCGGCCUCGGUGCCGCCGCCACCGGUUCAAAUGCCGCCGGGUGUGGUGUCCGCACUGGGCGGGACCACUCCCUCGGAUCCGCAACAACGAACCGUUCCUUGUGUGGCCGACACGUCGACUCAUAAGGAGGUGGUGGUGGAGUGCUUUGCCCCUUACGACGACCACAGAUGGGUGAAUAUAGGGAAAGAACGGGACGGAAUGGCCCCGGAUGCCGUGCAAUACGCCCGUGCUCUGCGGCCUCCGUAUCACUUGUUGUCGUUCCUCCGCAUUAAAGGCUACUCCACCAAAGGCAUGUCUUGCACCGACAAGAACACCAUGGUGUUUGUGGUGUUGGAGGGCGAGAUCACAGUGGUGCUCCAUACCACCCAAUUCAACGCCAAGAAGGGCGACUCCUUCUAUAUCCCACCCAAGAACUACUACAAUCUCAUCAAUCAGAAGGCCCGCGAGGCCGAGCUGUCGCUUAUCCAGUUCCAGUACGACGGACCCCUGCCCACCGUGUCAGCCGCCUCUCAGUCCGGCACGCCCAAGGGUGGAGCAGCCCCGCCCCCCGCCGCAUCCAGUUAGGCUCGAACGCCUGGAUCGCAGCAAGAGAGAAAAUGUGUGGGUGUAUGUGUGUAUAUAUCUAAAUACUAGUAAGAGGGGUGGAGAAAGGGUAUAAGAGGUGGAAAAAAAAAUCAUAUCACCCUACUGCCAUCUUGCCCCUGCUUCGCAAAUUGGAGGAAAACGCGAAGAAGUGUCCCUUCCCAUUCAUUUUGCGAGUUCAGUAUCAUAAUCAUCAUGUACUUGGCCAUUUUAUUUUUUGGAACUGGUCACGUUUCAAUUCUCGAGUCGCCUUGCUUUCUGCGCUUUGUUCCCAGACUACUCGCACUUCAAAUACAACACAUGCCUCGUAGAAGCUGAAACCAA